AUGUCAAAGCUAGCUGAUUACCUCAUCCGGGCUCCCACACAUUGGCCGCCGCAGAGAACCCGUCAACGUUCCUCCGCGAAGACAGCAAGCGGCGGCCAAGGCGCGACUGGUCUUUCAGCCACCGUCUCACGCCUUGCUCGCUGCCCGCUCUGUGCCCAAAGAAGGAACUUUGGUCUUGGCAUGUGGGUCGCGAAUCGCGACGACCUGCCCGCGUACGAAUCCUUCCUAGGGCUCAGUUGGAACAUGACCAUGGAUGAGUCGAGGGGCGGUUGCAGCUGGAACGACAUGGCCAUUGAACUACUUUGGACCAGGACGGAGGACAAUCCGGCCAUGGUGGCAUGUUGUGCUACACUGGAGCCACGCUGCCGGCUUCAGCGUAGAUAUUGCGGCGCAGAGCUGCCGCAGGCCCAAACCAGUGGCUGGUGGCUGGUGACUAGUGAUUGGCAAAACAGGUUAGAGAUGGGACAAGGGAGAAAGGCGUUCGCCCGGGGGUACAGGAAUAGGAACAGCUGCCAGUCGCCAUAUCAAGGCGAUCAUCACGACGGCGACAUAUGCCUGCCCUUAGCACGAGUAGAGGGGACCCGAAGACAGCGGACCCUGGGCUACUGGGUGACUCGCGCAGAGUCGCUCAAACAGCGAAUGCGCGACCAGACGAGAGGUUUCUGGGAUGAGACCACCACUUGCGAGUUAUUGUUUUGGAAAUUACGCCCCCACGCGACAAACAAGCAAGCACACACGUGCGACGACCAACGGCGGCAGCGACGACGUGCGGAGAUGGGCGUUCAGCAUCCGUCUACUGGUGGCAGUUGGGUGGGUGCGACGAUGUCGCGACGGCGGCUCCGUCGUGAUUCGCGACAGGGAUGCACGCCUUCCUUGAUCUGGGGUCGUGCCUGCCCGAGAGACAGAUCGUCCAUCCCGCUAGCCGGCCGAUCAGGCCUUGCGCCAGCCAUCACCUCACUACGGCGAAGUCACCAGUGCGAAGUCGAAGAGGAGUGCGAAGACGAAUGCGACAAGGCUGCGACAAGCAGCAGACAGCCCAUCAAAGGCUGCGCUCCUGAGCACGGACGAACUCUGCGCGGCCUCCAUGUGGCAGCUACCCAACUCUGCGAAACCUCCCCCUCUGCGCAUCUUCAGAUCUGGUUACUGCCCACGCCAGGAUAUUGGUUCGAGGGUCAACCUUCCCCUCGGGACCGCUCUGUCAAUGACCACCGGAAAAAGCAAAGGGUUGCCAGCCUUGAGUAG